GCUUGGGAUCGGUUCACAAAGUGCUACGGUGUCACUUUCCGCUGUCAGCUGGGGGUGGUGCUAGCUAGUUAGCUUAAUAGCGUCAGAAGUGGCUAAUAAGAAAGUGAUUGGGGGGAGGGUAAGGCACUGGGGUGGGAUUACCAAUUGUUAAGUGGCCAAGCUAAAAACUACGCACAGAAACAUUGUAACACUUUUGCUAUUCAUAUUAUCACGACAACUCGAUUUGGCGGCGUGCUGCCAAGGUGAUUCUUGCGACACAAUUUGAGCUUGACGAGUCAUUUUCGUCUGUUUCUAACGUAACGUUUUUUGUUAAAAAGUUUAGUAGUCUGAUUUUCUCAUUUGGAUGACAGAAAGCAUCAAAAUGAAUAUUUUAGUCAUUGUUUACUAGUUAGGCAACUAGUUAGAGGACCGAGGGAUCCUGUUCCUCUGUGAGCUGUCAGGUGACGACUAGACUCCUGUGGGAUCCCAAAUCAGAUUAUUACAAGUUUGACGUUUAAAACUAGACUAGAAUAUGGACUAUUUUUUUUCCCAAAACACUCUCUAAGAGUUUAGGCUAAUUGUCAGUUUUGAACGCCACCGUAAAGUUUAAAGUUAAGUUUAAGCACAAUUUAAAUUUAAGUUUGAACAACGCAUUUUUAACCUUCCUAAACAUUUCAAGGAAACUCAUAAUGUAAUACAUUUUUUAACAACCCCAAAACAUUUCAAAGAAGUCAUGUUUUGAAAUAAAUUAAUGUGCAAAUCUAUAAUAUUCUGUGGUACCUUGGCUUCCAAGUUUUUCAAAUUACGAGCCGUUACUUGGUCAUUACUUUUGUUUAUUUGUUUUGUUGUUUUGCUGUGUUGCAAGCAAAAAUUCGACCCCGCUAUGUGGCAGCAGUGAACUUAAUAAGUAGAGCCUGCUGUAUGCAUUUUGGCAGAGAGCGAACAGUUUUUUAACAAGGACCAAGUGUGCUUGCUUCAAGUUGUUUAUUGUCAUUUCCAGUUAAAGAUUACUGGAAAAUUAAACAUAAAACAAAUAUGUAUUUAACCGAACAAACUGUUUUAAAGUCCGUUAACUUUAAGGGACAUAUUUUGCCAGACCAGCUUUUUCUAGUAUUUGGGAUGUAAAAAUUGUCUCUAUGGUGCCUCAGUAAACAUGUGAAUUAAAAUCAUAGACGCAUUCCUGAGUUCCAGACGUUUUUAUGCCGAGAAGCUUGAAAUCGGGUCAUUUGAAAUUUUCCAGCUUAUCUACGUCACGAGCGAAGAUCUCCGCCUUCCCUUUCCGCUCUCGAGCCAGCGCGGGAAACAUAACAAACACGUGUGCUCUCACAAGUGGGUCUUCUAAAUGGAGGCAACCAAACAGAGGAAAGGGGGCGGGUCUUAGCCAAUAAGGACAAAGCGCAUACAAAACUGGAUCAAACUGAAGUAGCUGUCAGAGGGGCCUUUUCUGGGCACUUGUAGAUCAAAUCCAAGGUAUUUUUUUAAAUGAAAUUGACACUUUUAUGCUAAGUCCAUGUUGGAGAGUCACUCUAUGGAGUUCUAAAUAGCCAAACUACGGGACCUUUAAUGCUAACAUAAAAUGCAAAAUGCCAUAGGUAUCGUGGUACUGACAAACCUUUAAACAACUGAUAUUUGAACACAAAUGUUACAGGAACACAGACAGACAAAGCACAUAAUAAUACUCAAAGGCACAUUGCUCUGCGAAAAACAAAUAUAUAUUAGUGCAGCUUAGUUGUGACAGUGUUUGUGUAUUAAAUAUAUUUACUAUACUUCCCCCAAAUGGCCAAGGUUUGCACACCAGAAGCACAAUGUCUAGUGUCAGGAAAUCGUGAUGAAAAAAAGAAAUUAUUUUCAUUGUUAUUGCUGUGUUUUUAUAGUACAAUAGUGUGUAGUGCUUUUUUUGUUUUUAAAAACAUGUUACAAAUUUGUUUUGUGUGUUUUUUUUUUUUUUUGGUGGAUUGGAACGGAUUGAUUAAGUUUCCAUUCAUUUGAAUGGGGAAAUUUCAGUUAAGCGUUCAGAGCGUGGUCACGGAACAAAUUAAACUUGUAAGUCAUGGUACCACUGUAGUUGUUUUUGAAAGCUUCCUCAGCAUUAAAAGCAAAAUUAUAAUAGUCAUUUUUAACUCUCCCGAACCCCAAUGUAGGAAUUUCCAACUUUUUAACAUCCAUUGCAUAUUUUUUUUGGAGUCUGUUUUUUUAACACGUCCUGAGCAAAUGUUCUUGAAGGAUUACAGAAGAAAGAUGAAGAAAUAUUUGACGAUUAUAUCACUUUUCCCUCCUGUUUGUUUCGUCAACAUCCUGCUCAAGCGACACCAUGCGACAUUUGCCCCUCCUCCUGCUGUCCCCCUUGCUGCUGCUACUCCUGGCCCUCCCCGUCACCAAGGGGCGCUACAACGACGAUUUUGACGAUGGCGAGGACGUGACUGACUUUGAUGACAACGACUUUGCCGAGUUCGAGGAUAUGAGCGAUGACACGGCGCCUGAGGCAGGCACUGCCCCCCCGCCACCCAUGCGGGGCAGCCCUUCCUCGCAGCACGACGAAGACGAGGAUGAAGACGAGGCCACGGUGGAGCUGGAGGACGGUCAAGACGGUUUUGACGACUCGGACGCACAGGAUCAGGACAUUUACAGUAAAUAUGACCAGGAGGAGUUUGAGGGGAUUGGAGACAUGGAGAAGACAGGCCAUCCUAUGAAAGACCCCCUCAUAAUCCACACGGUUCCGGCCCAUCUUCAGAACAGCUGGGAGAGCUACUACAUGGAGAUCCUAAUGGUGACGGGCCUGCUGGCCUACAUCAUGAACUACAUCAUCGGCAAGAACAAGAACAGCCGGCUGGCUCAGUCCUGGUUCAACUCUCACAGAGAGCUGCUGGAGAGCAACUUCGCUCUUGUGGGCGACGAUGGCACGAGCAAAGAAGCAGUGAGCACGGGGAAGCUCAAUCAGGAAAAUGAACACAUCUACAACCUGUGGUGCUCCGGACGCAUCUGCUGUGAGGGCAUGCUCAUACAGCUCAAGUUCCUGAAGAGGCAGGACCUGCUCAAUGUUCUGGCCAGGAUGAUGAGGCCCACCUGUGACCAAGUGCAAAUCAAAGUGACUCUGAAUGAUGAGGACAUGGACACAUUUGUGUUUGCUGUGGGCACCAAGAAGGCGAUGGCCCGCCUCCAGAAGGAAAUGCAGGACUUGAGUGAGUUCUGCGGCGACAAGCCAAAGUCCGGAGCCAAAUUCGGCCUUCCAGAUUCUUUGGCUAUUCUUACAGAGAUGGGUGAGGUCACAGAUGGCGUGAUGGACAACAAGAUGGUUCAUUAUAUCACCAACCACGCCGACAAGAUCGAGUCCAUCCAUUUUUCGGACCAAUUUUCUGGUCCAAAAGUUAUGCAAGAGGAGGGUCAGCCCUUAAAGCUGCCUGAAACCAAGAAGACCCUGCUGUUUACAUUUAAUGUGCCUGGAAUGGGCAACACUUCUCCCAAAGACAUGGACGCUCUGCUGCCCCUUAUGAACAUGGUCAUUUACAGUAUUGAUAAAGUCAAGAAGCUGCGUCUCAACAGAGAGGGGAAAAUGAAGGCAGAUCGCAACCGUGCCCGCGUGGAGGAGAACUUUCUCAAGCAGACGCACGCUCAGCGCCAGGAGGCCGCACAGACCCGCCGCGAGGAGAAGAAGCGGGCCGAGAAAGAAAGGAUCAUGAACGAGGAGGACCCUGAGAGACAGCGCCGCCUCGAGGAAGCGGCUCAGAGACGAGAGCAGAAGAAGAUCGAGAAGAAGCAGAUGAAGAUGAAGCAGAUCAAAGUGAAAGCUAUGUGAAGUUCGCCCGUCACAAAGGACAUUUUGUCAUUGUCUUAUCAGCUCACCUCACUGCAUCAUGUUUUUGUCUUGGUAGUCUGUACCUGCUUUAGAUUUAAAGCAUCAUCACGGGGCUCCAUUGAUUUUUAAUCAUAGCAUUAAUAUAAUCUUCAGUGACAUUUUAACUUAUAUCCACUGUGAGGUUGUUUCUAAUGAAUUUCUGAGCAAAAGUCAAUAAUAAAGUGCACUGGAGUCUG